AUGUCUCGUUCCAAAUCAGAGCCGCCUAGUUCUUGCUCAACAACUUCUUCUUCUUCUUCUUCACAAUCACCUGUAGCUUCAACUGAACUGAAGCUAUACCAAGCUUUCAUCUUUUCUGUUCCUAUUUUCUUCACUUUCAUUCUCCUUUUCUUGUUUUAUUUGUUCUAUCUUCGUCGUAGAAGGGUUGAUUGGGCAUCUCUUAGAAUGCGAACUUCUUUGCAAGAUAACAACAACAGUGUUGACUUCUCUAGAGUUGAGAUGGGUUUGAAGAAAGAGUUGAGAGAAAUGCUCCCCAUUAUUGUAUACAAGGAAAGCUUCUCAGUCAGAGAUACACAAUGCCCAGUAUGCUUGGGGGACUACCUAGCUGAGGAUAGGCUCCAACAAAUACCUGCGUGUGGCCACACAUUUCACAUGGACUGCAUUGACCAUUGGCUUGCUAACCACACUACCUGCCCCCUCUGCCGUCUUUCCCUCCUUGCAUCUGCUAAAGUUCCUGGUGAAUCACCUAGCAAUCAAGUAGAGACUGUUCUGGAAUCUUCUGCAGCAGAGAAUGGUGGUGAAGCAUCUGUUCAACCAAGGGCAGAGAGUUUUGAAGAAUCUCAAGCUACACAACUCUCUCAGUCAAUGGAUGAAGACUCUGGGACUCUUCAAAACAGUGCUGGAGAAGAGCAAAGAUCAGAAUGUGCUGAUCAGGGGAGAGAGCUCAGGGUUGCAAGGCAUGAAACUGAAGAGCAUGAGAAUAGUAGAGAUUCUUCUGCUCAAUGUCAUGCAUAA